AUGGAUUUCCAAGCUCCCAAAAAAAAUCUGGCCUCUCUGCCCAUCGUCAACUUCGAAGCUAUCGCCAACAAGGAUGCUGCCGAAAUUCAAAAGCUCGUUCAAGCGGGCCGGACAGAGGGCAUGUUUUAUCUGAACCUCCAAGGCUCUCGGACGAGAGCAAUCUUCGAAGAUAUCCCCAUUCUAUUCAAAACUGGGAACGACUUUUUCAGUCUCCCCGCUGAUUGCGAGGAAAAGACCAAAGCCCUUCGAACGGGGGUAGAGCGAGGUUACCACCCCAGUAGAGGAUUUGAGUAUUAUGAGAUUCCUCGCGAUGAAGCGCAUCACCCGAACAAUGAGAACCUUCCAUGGCGCCGUGCAACAGUUCUCACCGAGCUGUGUGCCAGUGUCGGCAUCAACAUUCCCGAAUUGAGCGACGACUUCUCAACUCCCAGCGACACCGCGCUCAAAUUCGUCUACAAGUUCCCCAUCCAUGAGCCCGGAAAGGUGAUUAACGACGCUCACACCGAUUUUGGUCUUGCUACCUUGCUCUGGUAUGACGAGGAAACUACACAAGUACCAGCCUACGAUGAAAAUGGGAAACAGACACAGGAAUGGCUAACGAUUCCCGUGGUGGAAGGCUCGGUCCUUGUGAAUGUUGCUGAUGAGCUGGCGGCUAGGUCUAAUGGGUCUUUGCACUCCACUGUGCACCGUGUAGUUGCGCCACCGGGUGCUAAGCGAGGUCUCACUCCUGAAUCUCUCAUCCGUAUCACCAAUUAUUUCUCGCCUAGUGCCGAAGCAGAAUCCAAAAACGGUGUGGUAAAUGGCAAAAGCCACAACGGCACAGCCGCCUCCGUGAUCAACGUGACCGACUUGACAAUAAUCGCAGAGGGGUCUUCUGAUCUGCCCCCAUUCAACAGAAACGAGCUUGACCUUGGACGAAGACUCGAUAAUCGCCUCUUAGACCUGCGGAAUGCGGGAAGCGGAGCCGUGUUAAAGCUUCAUUCAGGAAUGUGUCAGUUGAUUGUGGAGUUUCUUGGCUCAAAUGGCUUUCACUGGAUUCAUUCGCCCCGUAUCAUCAGCCAUACAGUCGCAGGGGACAAAGAAUACUUCCACCUGCCUUAUUUUGGAGGUGAUGCGUGGUUGGCGCAGAACGCGCAGUAUCAGAAUCAGAUGGCUCUUUCUGCGGAUAUGGAACGUUUUUUCGAUCUUGGUCCUGCUUUCCGGGCUGAGGUGAAGUCUCGUACGUCAGCGAGGCAUCUGACCGAGUUUACUGUGCUAGGCACGGGUAUGAUCCUCGAGGAAAACUACUAUGAAGUGAUGGAUUUGAUGGACUCGAUGAUUAUCUUUGUCUUCAAGGGCCUUCAAGAACGAAAAAAAUAUCAGGAUCUCAUCGAAACUGUUAAGAAUCACUAUCCCUCCUCGAAGGAUUUUCGUAUCGGUCUGGAUGAGCACGGAAAAAUUCCUCGGAUCUCAUUUAAGCAAGCAAAGCGGAUGCUUCGGGAUGAGCUCGGCUUCAAGACAGAGGAUACAGAUGAUUUAAGUGAAGAGGAGGAAGCCGCCCUGGGCCGGCAUUUCCGCGAAUCUCCUCACCUCGGCCAAACUGACCUUUUUACAAUUGAUCAAUACCCGGCAUUCUGUCGCCCUUUCAACACGCACCCAAAUCCGGAUGCUCCAGGAUUCACGAAUUCGUGGGAUACCAUUGUGCGAGGUCGCGAGAUCUGCUCAGGCAGUCAGCGCAUCCACAAAUACGAGGAGGUCCGCAAGGCUAAGGCUUCUCGUAAUAUGGACCCAGAUUGCAAGGAGUGGGAGCACUAUGUGGCGGCUUUUAAGUCUGGUAUGCCACCUCAUGGUGGUCUGGGUUUGGGUCUCAAUCGGCUGCUCCAGGGAUUCCUUGGUCUGGAUGAUGUCCGUGAGACUACCCUGUUCCCAAGAGAUGUGCAUAGAACCGCUCCAUAA